AAGGAAACAAAUAAAAAGCAGAUAGAGACAGAGAGUGAACUAAUAUAGAGGUAAGAGGGGAACGAGAGAGAACAUAUAGAUUUAAAGGGGGAAAAGACAGAUUAGAUUCCCCAGGAAUGGCUCACCACAAGCUCAGAGAGGAUAUCAAGAAUUUCAGCCUUGAAGACUGUGCUCUGGGUAACCAGGGCUAUGACCGGGUUCUCCUGCAGCUAUUUGGGUAUACAGGGCAUGGGAAGUCAUCCUUCAUUAACUCCUGUAAGUUUGUCCUGGACGGGGAGUAUAGAACGAUCGCAGAGGCUGGAGUGACGUCACAUGGAGGUGCUAUGACCAUGGUGAGAAAAGCCUACAAACUAACAGACGCCAUCACCAUGGUGGAUAACAGAGGGUGUAAAGAUAUGAACAGUUUCGAGACGUUAGAAGUCUACUCCCAGCUAGCUAAUUUCCUGCCGCUCAAUGAGGAGGUGAAGUGGAAAGGGGAUUAUGACAGUUUGAUGGAAAGGCUGGAGAACGCGGACCUGUCCCCUAAUUAUACAGAUUUCAUUGUUCCGAUAUUCGUUUACAGUGUCCGGAACAAAAUCUCCAGCCAGGAUCAGAUCGAACUGAAAAAUAUAAUUCAAGCAUGCCAGCGAAUAACAGGAGUGUACCCAAUCGUCGUUCUCACCUAUAAAACAAGCAGAGAUUACUUUGAGUUCGAGAAGAAGUUCCGGUGUUUUGGCGCUGAGGUGGUGUUUGCGGUGGAGAAUUACACUGAGACAGAUCACGUAGAGACACGAGGCAGACACACAGAUAUAUUGAACAUCUUGAAGAAUGCCGUAGAUGAUGUGAAAUUCCAAAUGGAGAAGGAGAGGAACCCAGUACAAGAACGUAUAGAUCGCAGAAUAUUCCUACUGAAAAUGAUACGUAACGCUGAUGUGGAAGACAGAGUUUCUAAAAGAACCAAAGAAGCAGAAAAAAGUAGAAAACCAAAAGAGUCUGAUGUGAAUAAUGCUCAAGAACAUACAGAGGGCAAGAAAAAAAUCCAUUCAAAACGGAAUAAUUGCAAAACGUCAUAAUGUGUGAAGGGAAUCCCACUCGGAGAUAAUUCUACUGGACUCCAGGGACGUUGCUAGGGGUCUGACCCAGGCUGAAGCCCAAACAGGGGUGUUAAUUGCCCCUGGAUUGUUUUUGGCACCCU